UGGGGGGAGGGGAUUCCAGCCCCCCCAGGCCACAGGGAGGCUCCGGGCUCAGGCCGCCUCAGAGGCCAGGAGGAAGGAGCAGGGCCAGGCCCGGGGACCAGCAGAACAGGGAGCCCCUUUGGAAUCGCCCCCCCCCUUCUCUGAGCGCUGCGGCCGGAGCCCCCCCAAUAUGUCAGGGGUGCUGCCCACCCUUGUGGCUGUGCUGUGGGGGGGGAUCCUGGGGGCCGGGGGACAGGGAGCCAAGCCGGAGAGCCGGGGUGUCUGCGCCCGUCACACCCUGCGGGUCCCCCUGGUUUACAACGAGACCUUCACCGAGCCCCUGCACCAGCCCUACCUGACCCUGUGCCACGGGGGCCGCCUCUGCAGCACCUACAGGACCACGUACCGCGUGGCCGUGCGCCAGGUGAGCAGGGACGUGCUGCAGACCAGCGCCAUCUGCUGCCAGGGCUGGAAGAAGAGGCACGUGGGGGCCAACACCUGCGAGGAGGCCGUGUGCCACAAGCCCUGUCAGAACGGGGGCGUCUGCGCCAGCCCCAACCGGUGCCACUGCCGCCCUGGCUGGGGGGGGCGCUACUGCCACGUGGAUGUGGACGAAUGCCGCUCGCCCGCCCCCCUCUGCCCCCAGCGCUGCGUCAACACCCCGGGCAGCUACCAGUGCCAGUGUGACCCCGGGGCCGGCCUGGGGCCCGAUGGGACCCGCUGCCACCCACUGCCCACCGCCCCACUGCCCACCCCCCCAGUGCGGGGCCCCCCCGCCCCGGAGCGGCUGACCCGGCAGGUGCAGGAGCUGCAGCAGCAGAUGGAGAAGCUGGAGGAGCGCGUGGAGCGGGCCCUGGGGACCCUGCGCCGGCUGCUGCCGCCCCCCGUGGCCGAGCUGGGCCCCGCCGAGGUCGCCGAGCUCUGGAGCCGCCUCCGGUACCUGGACCGGCUGGACUCGCUCAGCGACCAGCUGCUGCUGCUGGAGGAGCGACUGGGGGCGUGCUCCUGCCAGGACGGGAGAAACGGGUUCGGAUACGAAGUGAACCGAUGACGCCCCCCCCCCCGCGCCCGGCGGAAAACUGACGGGGGGGGCAGGGCAUGGGGGGGGGUGUCCCCCCCCCGGCGAUUUAAAUCCUUGUUAACGCCUCUAAUUUAUGCCAGGACGUUGCUAAUUAGCGCAGGUGAAUUAAACAGUUAAUUG